CCUGACAGGUGUCGAGCUGACAGGUGGCUAGUUCUCAGAAGACCGUGGUUUUCAGUAUUGCUAAUCAGAUCGCGCGGUGCGUUAUACAGGCGAAAUAAUUACCUCCGUGUACCAACAAUUAGUUAAAAUGAAAGGAAAAUACCUGUUCAUAUUAGAGAUAUUGUUUAUAGUGGCUGUUACGUAUUCCCACUCUUAUAAUAUCGAAAGGUAUCCCCUGCUCAUGCCGAAUGUCAGGCCCACCACUCCCGAACUGUAUCUCUGCACUCCGAUCAAAAUAGAUUCAACGAAGAAUUAUUACAUUGUUGGAUUUGAACCUAAUGCUACUAUGGCUACUGCACAUCAUAUGUUACUUUACGGAUGCUCGCAACCAGGCAGUAGCAAACCUGUCUGGAAUUGUGGCGAAAUGGCUCAUGCCUUGGAUACUGGCUCUGAAACUGCAAGCCCAUGCAGUGAAGGAUCCCAGAUAAUUUACGCAUGGGCCAGAGAUGCCCCGAAGUUGAUUCUACCGGACGACGUGGGAUUCAAAGUUGGCGGUACUUCUUCAAUCAAGUAUCUAGUAUUGCAAGUACAUUAUUCACACAUUGAUGAGUUUAAAGAUGGGAGUACCGAUGACUCUGGGAUAUUUUUACACUACACUCUCAAACCGCACAAGAAAUUGGCCGGUGUUUUGCUGUUGGGAACAUCUGGGAAAAUACCUCCGAAAAGUACAGAGUACAUGGAAUCGGCAUGCACUUUGCACGAGGACAAAACUAUUUAUCCAAUCGCGUAUAGAACUCACACUCAUAGUCUGGGUAGAGUAGUCUCGGGUUAUGUAAUUAAACCUGAAAAUGAGUGGUUAGAGUUGGGAAAAAGGGAUCCUUUGAGUCCUCAGAUGUUUUACCCAGUUCAUAAAAAAAUACCAAUUACACGCGGUGACACAUUAGCAGCCAGAUGCACGAUGGAAAGUAAUCGUACUACUUGGACGCAUAUCGGUGCUACUAACGCGGAUGAAAUGUGCAAUUUUUACCUAAUGUACUACGUUAAGGAUGACGAGCCUUUAGAAAUGAAGUAUUGCUUUACCAGCGGCCCACCGACUUACUAUUGGCAAAAUGCUGGUUUGGUUGGCAUCCCUGAACGUGAGGCUUCGACCUUAUAAUGCCUGACAAAAAUUGGAACAGGAGUCAGGUAUAAUGGAAAACUACUGUGGUUCCUUAACGCUUAAUUAUGAUAUAUUAUUCAUGCAUUCUUGGAUUUCAUUUUCAAGGUAUACAUAAUAGGUACAGGUACUUAAUUAAUUACGUGAAAGAAAUGAUAAGAGAAGUCAAGAAUUAAUAUAGAAAAUACGA